AUGACCCCCCCAAAGAUGCCCCUUCGGGCUGAUGAAGAGAUGGGCAAGAAAGAUGACGACCAUCGACCAUCCGAUCAAGCGCGCUUCCUACCUCUGCGCCACCGAGCAAUGCCUCGGCCUCGCCGAAUACUGUUCGCUAUCAUUGCUCUUGUUCUCGUCUAUGAGUUCUUCAAGCACAUGCCGACGGACCUGGGACCGGCCGUCGAUCGGUAUAACCCUGCGAUUGCGAAACUACGAGAAGAAAGCCUUGCCAAAUGGACUGGCUCAGAUAAGCCACCGGUUGUUCUCAAGCCAGACACUGUGCUACCAGACAAUUUGCCUCCAGUCAAGGUGUUGGAAUCGAAUCAAAAAGAGGAAGCUUACGAUGGGAUGAUAAAGUUCUACGAGUUGCCCCACUCUCUUCCUCGCUAUAAGUAUUCACAGAAAGCUCCCAGCCGCGCAGUUGUGUUUGCAGCUUCAAGUCUCCGCAGUGUGUCGGAUCUUUUGCCCUUAGCUUGUCGGAUGGCUGGUGAGCGGUUGAACCACGUGCAUUUCGCACUUAUGGGAAAGGAUGAGGUUUCGAUUGAAGGUAUCAAGGAAGUCAACGGAAUCAGAGAUAGUGAAUGCCUGAUGACAUGGCACGAUGCUCGGCCUGACCAUGCACUCAAAUCUACCGAUGACCGUAUGAAGCGGUCUGUGAUGGGGGGACUGCAAAACAUACAAACCUACAUCAGCCCGGAGGUUAUCAUUACACAAGGUCAGGGCUGGGAGGAUUCCUUUUUCUGGGACGGGGUCGAGGUCUAUUCUCGAGAAGACGGCAUCCCUCACGUUGCUUUCUCCACUGCAUCGAGAGACCUUAUGUGGAUAGCCUCGCUGGAUAGCGAAGCUCUUCAAUCGUGGAACAAGAUACAAAUCGAAAUGGUGGUACAUGCACCAUCCGAGUCUUCUGGGUCUUUGAUCCGGCUUAUGCAAUCAUUGGAUGCAGCCGACUAUUUGGGAUCGGUUCCAAGCUUGACAAUAGAGCUCCCUCAGCGGGUAGAUCCACAUUUGCUUCAGUUUCUACAACAUUUGGACGGGUUGACCCAGCUUCCUGGCCGACUCACUAUUCGGCGGCGCAUCCAACCAAACAUGGACACAGCAGAAUCAUCGCUUCGAACCGUCGAGUCAUUCUAUCCACGGGACCCUGAGGUGACACAUUUGCUUCUGUUAUCUCCACAGACCGAGCUCGCACCAUCGUUCUACCACUACCUGAAGUUUGCUGUGCUGAACUACAAACAAUCUGCCCGGGCCAAGCGCAUAUUUUCCAAUAUGAUCGGUAUCUCACUCGAACUGCCAUCAUCCAAACCCACGGCUGACAGCCCGUCUUUCAACCCACCGCCCAUGAAUGUUGAAGGCAAAGAACAGUUCCUUCCCUCGUUCCUGUGGCAGGCCCCCAAUAGUAAUGCAGCUUUGUAUUUUGGAGAUGCAUGGGCGGAAUUCCAUUCCUUUGUGGCCAACCGCCUGUCGACUCCAGAAUCCGCGACGGCCUCCCAAACAAAGUUGAUCUCAGAGAAGUAUCCUGCCUUUAUGGAACACAUGCUCGAGAUGAUCCGUGCAAAAGGGUAUUAUCUCCUGUAUCCAUCAUUCCCGGGUAUCAAAUCUUCGUCAAUUGCCACAGUACACAACGAGCUAUAUCAACACCCAGAAGAAUUCGGAGGCACCAAUCUCGCCACCUCGGGUGAAGAAGCCACUCAAGCCAUCAAUGAUCCUACUCAGCCACUUACAGGUGGAGAUUCUACCGACUUGGGAUCUAUUGAAAAACCACUGAACCACGCAUCAACUAUCAUGCCACUGCUUGACUUGUUCUCUUCCGGUCUUCCCGAUCUUGAUGCUUUGCCUCUGCUUUCAUAUGACGGAGAGGGGUUAACGGCCGCGGCAUACACCAAACAGAAGGAAGAAUAUGCCAAGCAGUUUCGAACUAAUUACGGAGGAUGUACCAGAGAUAGCAAGAUUGAUGAUCCCUCGGCAGACCUAUUAUUUUGUAUUCAAGACUGA